GACGAAGCAUAUAGUGGUCCUUCAAAUGCUUCAUACCUUUCCGUCACUGGCCCAUCAAGCAGUGCAACAGCAUCUAGCAGUGCAAUACAUGUAAACCAGGAAGAGUUAGACCAAUUAAGAGAGAUGUUUCCGGAAAAAAGCAGCAGCUUGCUGCAACGUGCCUUAACCUGCCAUGGGAGUGUUAAUCGUGCUGCUCUUUCCCUCUCCUCCCAAAAUCUUCCUGAUGAAAUUGACUCAGAUGAGGAUGCUGAUGCAGAACUUUUAAAGCCUGCUUUUCCAGCUAAAGCUGAUUCCUUGGAGGCAGUGUUGAAGGAGCUUCAGAAAGGUUUGAGUACACAGAAACAAAAGCUCAGAGUUGAUGAAGAAGAUAUCUUUAGUUAUGCCAUGGUAUACUAUAAAGAUCCCAGCUUUGAUCCUAGCAAGCCCUUACGAGUCCUUUACACAGGGCAGCCUGCUGUCGACACAGGAGGAGUAACCAGACACUUUUUUAGCCAACUUCUCCAAGUCAUAUGUAACACGUUCUUCCAUGGUGACAGUUACAAGCAUCCAGUUUACAAUGCUGAUAUUGUUGCUUCUGCUAUGAUGAAAUACAUUGGGACAAUUAUAGUGCACAGCAUUUUUCAAGGCGGGCCAGGGUUUGCAGUCUUUAGCCCUUCAGUGUAUCAGUACCUAGCAACAGGUGAUGUUGACGCGGCAAUGAUGAUGCUGAAUUAUGGAGACUGUUCUGCAUCUGUGAAAGAUUUCAUUGACAAGGUAUUGUAUAAAUGUACAGUUAAAUGAUGUGCUCAAAUGUAACAGCAUACUUGCUAUUUUUAGUUCACUGUACACGAUGAAUAAAUCAUUAUAUUUGGUCGAAUAUAAAAACAAAGUUAAAAAAUUCUCUUUUCAUGACUGGCUGCUCAGCCAUAUGUACCAGACUGAUUCUCUUACAUUAACAAAAUUCCAAAUAAUUUCUGAUCCAACUACUGAUGUGUCAACAGCUUCUACUGAGGUAUAGCACAUAAAUAGAACGAAUGUGCUUGACAUCGUAGCGGCUAUAUUCAUGUAUCAUAAUCUACAUGCACCAACCUGAGUCCCACAGGACCAUAAGUGCACAGAUGUAUGUUCAACAGAUUGACAUGCAUGUCCUAACAGAAAUGCAAGGAUUGACCCAUAGUUGUUAUCAACUUACAGGUUGCUCAGGCCAAAGAUGUCUCAACACUUGACCAAGAAGAAUGUGCAAAUUUCUUGUCGGAUUGUGGCCUGGCAGUGGUAUUAACUGUAAGCCUAAUCUUAUCUUAAUUGAUUCCUUCUAUUAAAAAACCGCUUUGUGACAGAACUGUAAAAGCAUUUUUCAAAUUGUAUUUUCUGUUCAUAGAAUGACAACAAAAUGAGGGUUAUCCAAGGGAUGAUAAUUCAUGAUGUCAUAAGCCGACCCCAAAUCGUCUUGGAUCAGCUGGGAGAGGGAUUGGCUGUACUUGGCUUUCGUGCCAAAAUGAGAGAGUACCCUGAGAUGUUUGAGGAGCUUUUUGUGCCAAGCAAUAAGAGUAGGUUGACUUCAACUCAGCUGGUUGAUAUGCUAGAGUUUCCAGCUGAGAUGUGUGAAAAUGACAGAAUUGUAGCGAAUUACCUUAAACAGUUCCUGCAUAAUGCAGAAGUUGAAAUGUUGGAAAAUUUUGUCUUUUUUGCCACUGGGUCCACCUCUCUGCCCACCUUUGGGCUUGCUAAAAUCAAGAUUAAAUUUGACAACACUCCUUCCAUUUUUGCUUCCACGUGUUUGCUUUCAUUAACUCUUCCAAAUCACUUUGAAAGCGAAGAAGCUUUCAGUUCAUCGUUGAAAGCAGUCAUUGCUAGUUCUGCAAGGAAAUCGUUUAACUGUGUGUGA